ACCACUCGUUUUUUAGAUACAUUUUUUUUUUAAUUCUGAUUAUUUUUUAUUCUAAGCCUAUCUUGCAAUUAAGAAAUACCAUACAUAUUUACUUAGGAUAAAGUACACUGCACAGUCUAUCCGCAGAAAACCGGGAGCGAGUACUGUAGUGAGUCACAAGUCACAUUUGGCUUUGUAUCACGAAAUAGCAAAACUGUAAGUAAACUGGAGACAUGUUUUUCUUUAGUUUAUCAGUCAGUCUUGGGGACUGUGACAAGCAGGUAGUUUUACUAAAGCAACGUUUCAAACCGGGAAACCCAUUUCCACGCAUAGACACACACCCUGUCUUCUGAUUGGCUGCAGAUUGUCUCUGUGGGAGUUGCGCGUCCCGGUGCGUCGUGGUGAUUUGAGCUCUCCGAAGGCAAACCCCGGUGCUCUGUUACUGCUGCAGGUAUCUUUCGGUCACUGCUCUACGCCAGCUGAUCGAGUGAAAGGAUGGCAAACUCUAGAGGACCCACCACCGAAAUUGCUCACGUCUUCAGGGGAACAUUUAUCCAUUCUACGCAGCAAACACCGCUGCAGAUCUUAGAAGAUGAGCUCCUCGGAGUGGAUACAGACGGAAAGAUUGCUUUCAUUGGGAAAGCUGCCGAGUUAGACCGCCUCUCGCAGACUUUUGAGUUCAGUCCAUCAGGAGUCAUUCAACUCGCACAGCAUGAGUUCUUCAUGCCCGGAUUGGUGGACACCCACAUCCAUGCACCCCAGUACAGCUACGCUGGCACUGCCCUGGACAUGCCCUUACUGGAGUGGCUCAAUAAAUACACCUUUCCUGUGGAGUCACGCUUCAAGGACUUGGAGUUCGCCCAACAGGUCUACUCUCAAGUAGUGAAAAGGACACUGAGGAAUGGAACAACCACUGCCUGUUACUUUGCUACCAUACACACAGAUGCCUCUCUGCUGUUGGGCCAGAUUGCAAAUGACUUUGGGCAGCGGGCCUUGGUUGGGAAGGUGUGCAUGGACAGGAACAAUUCUGUGAAACAUUACAAAGAGACCAAUGAGGAGUCCCAGGAGGAAGCCUGUCGGUUCAUUGCAGAGCUCUUGAACAAAAAGUACCCUCUGGUGAGGCCGGUGGUGACUCCCCGCUUCGCUCUUUCGUGCACAGGAGCAUUACUGGGACAGCUGGGAGCGAUCGCUAAGAACAACAACCUGCACAUCCAGAGUCACAUCAGUGAAAACGUAGAGGAAGUGAAGCUUGUAAAGGAGCUGUUUCCUGAAUCUGAGUCUUACACAGAAGUGUAUCACAAACACAACCUGCUCACUGACAAGACAGUGAUGGCCCAUGGCUGCCACCUCAGUGAUGCAGAGCUGGCUCUGUUCAGAGAGACAGGAGCCUCUUUGUCUCACUGUCCCAAUUCCAACAUCUCGCUGUGCAGUGGAAUGUUAAAUGUCCGCAACGUCCUCAAACACAACGUGAAGUUGGGGUUGGGAACAGACGUGGCGGGGGGCUACUCGGCCUCUAUACUGGAUGCCGUGAGACGAACUCUGGACACGUCCAAAGUGUUGACCAUCCAGGAUCCGGAACACGUCACACUCACCUUCGAGGAGGUGUUCAGACUGGCCACACUGGGAGGCAGCCAAGCUUUGUCCAUGGAUGACCAGACAGGGAAUUUUGUGGUGGGCAAAGACUUUGAUGCCCUGAGGGUGAAUGUAGCUGCUCCUGAUGGACCUAUCGACCUUAUUGAGAGCAAGGAACCUAAGAUUAUUUUGGAAAAGUUCUUGAAUUUGGGUGAUGAUCGGAACAUAGUCGAGGUGUUUGUGGCCGGGAGGAAGGUUGUACCAUUUACAAAGGAGUAAAUGUUUACUACCAAAACACAUGAACAUCUGAGCAAUACAAUAUGAGCAGCCAAUGAAGGAUCAACUGCACAACGGCACAGCUGCACUGUCAGCUUUUGAUGAUAAGAGAGACAAGUAGGAAAUUAAUUAUUACCAUGAACGCUUUACUGCUAAUGCAACACAAGACUGAGGUCAGCUGACCCUGAAAUUGGUCUGUUUUUGAAGCCGUAAAGGGGAACUACUGGACUAAGGGACUUACAGAAUGCUGUGAACUGUUAACUAAUCCCUUUUAGUUUGUAUGUUCACACUGUUGUAGACUUUUCUUUACCUGAACUGCUUGUUUAAUACCACAUACAGUACUGCUGAUGGUAGAGCGCUAACUGAAACUUAUUUUCUGUUGAAUGCUGAAUGAUGACAUUGUGCUGCCUUGUGAAAUUGGAACUGGGGAAAUGUGGAUAAAGUUAUAUAUUAACGUAUAGGACUUUGUUCAGUGUCGCUGCAGAGCCUGACCUGAUUAUCUUCAGUGGCGUGGUGAUUUCAUUUUCAUGCUUGUGCAGCUUAAACAUGCUUUAAUGUUCAAAAACCGGAGUUGUCAUCAUUGCUCCUUUAGCUUUUACACAGUAUGCUUGACUCAGGUGUUUAAACUAUAAAGGCACAAAAGUAUUUUAUAGAGAUCAUUUUGGUUUCAGUAUGACUCAUACAGUUUAUUACAGUUAACAUCUGAUUACAACACCAUGUGUGGUAUAUUGAAGGGCUCGUGAUGUAUCGUGAUAUGAUACAUAUUUCAAAGUUUCCAUUCCAGUUGAUCGUUCUUUGUUCUAACACUUACCUCAAAAUCAGUGCAAUGUAAAACCACACUUAACAUGGUGAACAUAUGUUAUUUUGAUACAGCUUUGUUUUACUAACCUUAUCUACUAGUCAAAUCAAUGUUUUAAUAAAGAGAUUGUUGAUUUAUUUGAUUGUCAUCCUAAUAUUUUUGUGUGUAUGUGCUACAAACUUUGUUAUGAUUGUUAGGAAUUGAAGGGAAAUUAUCUGUAUGCUUAAUACUGUAUAUGUUUCUCCUGUGCUCCCUUUUUGCUAAUGUUUAUCUCAUUUUUAUCACAACAUAUCAGUCAAUGACACUGAAUCUUACAUGUUAAACUUACUCCUUGAUAGGUCACAUCAUGGACUGCUGAAAUAAACAAUACAACAAAGCCUA